AUGGUGAAUCAAAGAGGGAAUCCUCCAAUUAUUAUUACCAAUGAUCGGCAAACAUCUAAUUUUGUGGCGUAUGCAAAGAGGGAUUCAUCUACUAUCUUGUGUGUCACGUUCUCUGGUUUGGGUGUAAAUCAAAAAGAACGAGUCAAUAUUGAUUUGAAUAAGGAGCCGUGUGAUUCAAGUAAUGUUGAGGAUGAAGAAGUUCCUGAGAUAACUCGAGCAGAUUUUGUGAAGCCGUCAAAGGAGUCUUGUCAUACAAGGAAAGAUCAUGUCGCUGCGGAUGGUUCCGGUGAUGCUGGGUUAAGGAUUGAAAACAAUGGAGACAGUAAAAAGGAUUAUCGAGCCUGGAGAGGAGAUUUUGUGAAGAAGGAUCAAAUUUUCAAAAGUAAAGAGGUUCUGAAGGCCACAAUGGAAAUUUUGGCGAUGAAGAAUAAUUUCGAUUACACUGUUUUCAAAUCCACGAGAAAAUGGUGGUAUAUUCGAUGUAAGGAUUCAUUGUGCAACUGGACUGUGUGUGCAGAAGGUAUAGAUGGGUCUACAUAUUUCAUGAUCAACCAGUGCGAGGGAAGACAUUCAUGUGCUCCUUCAAAGAAAAGGAAAUUCGGGAAAACAGCAUCGGCAAGAACAAUUGAAACUCUGAUACAACAUCGAUUUGGUGAUGCAAACGAUGGCCCAAAAGCAAAUGAAAUCAUUCAAUUUAUGAGAUUGGAGCAUAGUUGUGAGAUUACUUACUGGCACGUUUGGGAAGCUCGUGAGUUUGCUAUUGCAGCUGCUAGAGGUAUACCAGAUCGCAGUUAUGCUAAAAUACCAGCAUAUUUGCAUAUGAUUAAGGAAGUUAAUCCUGGUACGCAUACUCACUAUGAAACUAAUGAGAAGGGAAGAUUCAUGUAUCUAUUUAUGUCAUUUGGGCAAUCAGUUAGAGGAUUCUACAAUGCAAUGCGAAGGGUGAUUGUUGUUGAUGGAAUUAAUCUGAAAAAUAAAUACAAAGGAGUUCUACUUGUUGAUGCUGCUGUAGAUGGUAACUCUAAUUUGUAUCUGAUUGCAUUUGGGGUUGUUGAUUCGGAGAAUGACGAUUCAUGGGGGUGGUUCUUCAGACAGUUGAAAGUGGUUAUUGCUGAUUGUCAAGACCUAGCUUUUGUCUCAGAUAGAAAUGCAUCUAUUUCUAAAGCGAUUGGGACUGUCUACCCUCAAUCAGCACAUGGAAUUUGCAUUCAUCAUUUGUUGACCAAUGUGGUUGCAUUUUUCAAGACAAAAGGGUUGACUGCCUUGGUGGAAAAAGUUUCACGGGCAUAUAGGUACACUGAAUUUCAGGAACGUAUCACCGAAAUUUUUGAAAUGAGUCCUGAGCUUGGAAGAUAUCUGCGGGAGGCUGAUGUGCGCAAAUGGGCUCGUUCUCUCUUCCCUGGUGAAAUGCAUGACAUUAGAACCACAAACCCUGCAGAGUCGAUAAAUUCAGUUCUGAGAAUACCUAGAGAAUAUUCGGUUAUUCCUUUGCUAGAUAGUAUAAGAGAACUGUUGAUUCGAUGGUUCUAUGAGUGUCGCUUGGUAAGCUCUAAGCAUCUUGAUCCUUUAACCACUAAGGUGGGGGAAAAGAUUGAUAGGAGAAUUGUGAAGGCAAAAGGGUUCCAAGUCUACAAGGUUGAUGACUUCAAAUCGCUUGUGAAAGGAGACAUAUAUGAUUGUCAUGUUGAUUUGGAAAGAAGAACAUGCACAUGUGGGAAGUACAAUAUAGGAAAAAUUCCUUGCCGACACGCCAUUCCUGCCAUUUAUUCACGAGGCAUGGAAGUGCACAAAUUUACUGACGGCUUAUACACCACUGCAGCGUGGAGAACCGCCUAUGCGGAAUCCAUUAAUCCAAUAGCAGUUCCAGAGUGUGAAUGGAAUGUCCCUGCUGAGGUUAAACUUGCUAAGGUUUUACCACCAGAAACAAGAAAGAGUGCUGGUUUUACCACUUGCUAA